ACUAAUUCAACAAAUAAUAACAUGCCCAACAUGCAGUUCCAAAAUAACCCCGGAGAUCUAAGUUUUUCUGGGGGUGCCAGAGUCAACGUUAAUAACAACAACAACAAUGGACAGCAAAACGGUGCUUCGAUCAAUAACGGCACACAACCGCGUCGCCGUUCGCCCCACACCCUGCCCCAUGUCGGCAUGGAGGAGUAUGUAACCCAGCCAUUGCUAUGGCUCGGCCUGGAGGCCCUUGAAAUGCAAAAGAAGCUGUUGGAAGCCCAGAUCUUGGCCCUGGCCUCGUCCUCGCCGGUGUCUUGCACCCCUGACGGUGCUUGUGGACCGUUUGGAGUUUGCCAGGUAGUUGGACCUAUCGGCGGUAUUGGAGAAAAUGAUCUUUUCCGGGGUCCGGUGUAUCUGCCUGAAGUGCCUCCCCCCGCGGAAGUGCAGGCAUCAGUUUUCGUGGCCGGGUUCAUGGAGCGCCACAUGACCAUGGCAAUCUACAGAGAUGGUAACGCACCGCGUUAUGGACCCUCAGACCCUCAGGUAUCUGAAGGAGGUGCACUGACCCCGGCCGCGGCCCCGGCUCCAGCUCCGGUUCCGGCUCCAGCUCCGCCACGCGACUCUUAGACCAAUCUAGUCCAUCAACCCCAAUCCCGGCAGAAACGAAACGAUCGAUACCCACCAGAAAAGCUAGAAACCCAACCGAUGCAACCCCAACUACAAGAAAGUAUUAACUG